AUGGUGAAGUGUGUGGGAGUUUUGGCAUUACAAGGAGCAUUUUUGGAACAUGUUCAACAUCUUGAGAGGUGUGUUCUGGAGAAGGAGUACGAUCUGAAAGUAAUCACGGUGAAGACACCGGAGGAACUUUCUAGAUGUGAUGCAUUGAUUAUUCCUGGUGGUGAGUCCACUGCUAUGUCAUUGAUUGCACAAAGAACUGGGAUGUUCCCUCACUUGCGGAAAUUUGUUCAUGAUCCAACCAAAGCUACUUGGGGUACCUGUGCGGGCUUGAUCUAUAUCUCGAAGGAGUUAGCCAAUGAGAAAGAGCUAGUUCAGCCUUUGGAGCUCUUGCAAGUGAGAGUUAGAAGAAAUGCAUUUGGAAGACAAGCUCAGUCUUUUAUUCAAUCCUGCAAUUUUUCGCAGUUCAUACCUGGUUGCCACGAUUUCCCGGCAGUCUUUAUAAGGGCACCUGUCAUUGAGAAGAUCCUCGAUGAAGAGGCGGUAAAGCCAUUAUUCACGCUGGAUGAUGGGUUUAUUGUCGCUGCUGCUCAGGGGAAUAAUAUUUUGGCUACAUCGUUCCAUCCCGAACUUGCGGAGAACGAUAGUAGGUUCCACGAUUGGUUCCUGCAGCAGUUUGUUCUCAAACAAUGA